AUGGCAAAGUACUUUUGCGAAUUCUGUAACAAAACACUCUUGAACGAUAAGCUAAGAAGUAGAAGGAUACACUUCCAAGGCGCAAAGCAUAAACUGAUGAGAAAAGCUUACUACAUGGAGAUAUUCGAGAAACCAGAGGUGGCUGUUGAAAUGGCGUCCAUUCUUCGUGACAUAAAAGCUGAAGAUAAAAGAAUAGAGCAGGAAGACCUUGAAAAAAAACAAGGUUCCUGCUUUUCACUCCCUCCAGGAGAUUUUUAUUUGGGCCUUGAUCUACCUGAAGAGCCGUUUGGGUUUAAACUCCCAUCUGGAUUUGAUUUUCAAGACAGAAAAAACUUUCCGGAGAACAUCACUGAGGCGAUAAAGAAGUACACAUGA